CUGCUACGACAGUUCGCCUCAACUCCCGCAUUCAUCACUCUAUCCAAGAUUGAUCUAUCCGGCACUACCGAUGCCCUCCCAUUCAAGCUCAUGCGCUAACUCAAAGACGUACAGUAAUCGAUUGUUGCUUGAAGGGUUUGAUGAACAUUGCAUUGCGCAACAAAAACAAAUCGGAAGUCGCUUUUUGUGGGCGCAUUUUCUACCAUUCGCCUACGGGCCAACUCGCCGACCAUGCGCAUGCUCGCGAAGGACAUCUAAAAAGCGGUUCCCUUGCUCAAUUGUACACGUCCCAAUUCUCUAUCGGUACCCACAAUGGGUACCUUGUACAUGCAAAGUACACAGAACCUACAUAUGUACUGUGUAUGUAUGUACGUGCUAGUACUGACGUUAUCUCUCCACACCCAACCCCCGUUCGUUGGUCGGGUUACAGGUCCGGCUUCGCGAACGCGAACGUGGCUUCUGUAGCUUUGCGUGCGCCGUAG